AAGUUCCCGCCAAAGACACAAGAGGAAGAAGGUGUUUAUGUGGGACAUUUGGUUAAUUGUGCCCUAGUUAGUUUACCCAAGUUGAACUAGAAAGACAGAAGAAAUGGCCUCACCCUCAUCCCCACCUGAAUCACCAACAACUUCGGCCGGCUUCAACACAGAUCAGCUACCUCACAACACCAGCCAGAACCUCUCCGACGACGAUGGCGAGGCCUCCGUCGAUCCACAGAUUGUGCGCGACGAAGAAGAGGCGGAUUUGGAAGAAGAAGAAGAAGGAGAAGAUCUAUUCAACGAUAAUUUCUUGGAUGACUAUCGGGGAAUGGAAGAGCACGAUCAGUAUGAAUCGCUGGGAUUGGAUGACUCGAUGGAAGAUGAGAGGGAUUUGGAUCAGAUAAUGAAGGACAGGAGGGCUGCUGAGGUCCACCUGGAUGCGCGUGACUCCCGCCUCGUUUCCGGCCGCAACAAGCUCCCCGAACUCCUCCAUGACCAUGAUACUGAUGACGACAGCUAUAGGCCUUCUAAGAGGUCUAGAGCUGAUUUCAGGCCUCCUGCCUCUCAAAGAAGCAACGACGAUACUGAUGCUAUGCAAAGCUCACCUGGAAGACCUCAGCGUGCUCAUUCUAGAGACGAUGUGCCCAUGACCGAUCCAACUGAUGAUUACCCCUAUGAGGAUGAAGAUGGGGAUGAGGGAGAGUUUGAGAUGUAUCGAGUCCAAGGAACGCUAAGGGAGUGGGUCACCAGAGAUGAAGUCCGUCGUUUUAUCUCCAAGAAGUUCAAGGAAUUUCUUAUGACCUAUGUGAAGAAAGGUCAUGAGGAUUUUGAAUAUGUACGUCUGGUAAAUGAGAUGGUGUCAGCUAAUAAGUGUAGCUUGGAGAUCGAUUAUAAACAAUUUAUCUAUGUCCAUCCAAAUAUUGCCAUCUGGCUUGCGGAUGCGCCUCAAUCUGUCUUAGAAGUCAUGGAGGAAGUUGCUGGAAGUAUUGUCUUUAAAUUACAUCCAAAUUAUAAAAAUAUCCAUCAAAAAAUUUAUGUCCGUGUUACCAACUUACCAGUUUAUGAUCAGAUCAGGAACAUAAGGCAAAUUCACUUAAAUACCAUGAUUCGCAUUGGGGGAGUUGUGACUAGACGCUCUGGAGUAUUCCCGCAGUUGCAGCAGGUAAAAUAUGAUUGCAACAAGUGCGGGGCUAUUUUGGGACCGUUCUUUCAGAGUUCAUAUUCAGAAGUCAAGGUUGGUUCUUGCCCCGAGUGCCAGUCAAAAGGACCAUUCACUGUCAAUAUUGAGCAGACAAUUUACAGAAAUUACCAGAAACUUACACUCCAAGAAAGUCCAGGCAUUGUGCCUGCUGGUCGGCUUCCAAGAUACAAGGAAGUGAUAUUGUUGAAUGAUUUGAUUGAUUGCGCCCGUCCUGGGGAAGAAAUUGAGGUCACUGGCAUAUACACAAAUAACUUUGACUUAUCUUUGAACACAAAGAACGGAUUUCCUGUGUUUUCCACUGUCAUUGAAGCAAACCAUGUGACAAAGAAGCAGGAUCUCUUUUCUGCUUACAAACUUACACAGGAGGACAAGGAAGAGAUUGAGAGGCUUGCUAAAGACCCAAGGAUAGGAGAAAGGAUUUUCAAGUCAAUUGCUCCAUCAAUCUAUGGUCAUGAGGAUAUCAAAACUGCAAUAGCUCUUGCCAUGUUUGGAGGCCAAGAGAAAAUGGUCAAAGGGAAGCACAGACUCAGAGGAGAUAUCAAUGUUCUUCUCAUGGGCGAUCCAGGCACAGCAAAAUCUCAAUUCUUGAAGUAUGUUGAAAAGACUGGGCAGAGAGCUGUGUACACUACUGGUAAAGGAGCUUCAGCUGUAGGUCUAACAGCAGCAGUGCACAAGGACCCAGUGACAAGAGAGUGGACCCUAGAAGGAGGAGCCCUUGUUUUAGCUGACAAAGGAAUCUGUCUUAUUGAUGAGUUUGACAAGAUGAAUGAUCAGGACAGGGUGAGCAUCCAUGAAGCAAUGGAGCAGCAGAGUAUUAGCAUAUCAAAGGCAGGUAUUGUUACUUCUCUUCAGGCUCGCUGCUCUGUCAUUGCUGCUGCAAAUCCGGUUGGAGGAAGAUAUGAUUCCUCAAAAACAUUUUCACAAAAUGUGGAGCUGACUGAUCCCAUCAUUUCUCGUUUUGAUAUCCUUUGUGUUGUUAAGGAUGUAGUAGACCCUGUUGCAGAUGAGAUGCUAGCAAAGUUUGUAGUUGAUAGUCAUUUUAAGUCACAACCUAAGGGUGGCAAUACUAAUACAGAUGACUUGAGUGAGUCUCAGGAAGGGGGUAUGGCAUCUGCCAGGUCCAUUGAUCCAGAGAUUCUUCCUCAAGAUUUGCUGAAGAAAUACAUAACUUAUGCUAAGUUGAACGUAUUCCCAAGGUUGCAUGAUUCUGAUAUGGAAAAACUAACACAAGUUUAUGCUGAACUACGGAAAGAAUCUUCGCAUGGCCAAGGAGUUCCCAUAGCAGUGAGACAUAUAGAAUCAAUGAUACGGAUGUCUGAAGCACAUGCCAGAAUGCAUCUCAGGCAUCAUGUUACAGAAGAAGAUGUUGACAUGGCAAUACGAGUUCUUCUAAAUUCCUUUAUUUCAACACAGAAGUAUGGGGUUCAGAGGGCUCUGCAAAAGAGUUUCAGAAAGUAUAUCACCUAUAAGAUGGAUUACAAUAGAAUGCUUCUAAAUCUACUGCAAGAGCUUGUGAAUAGGGCACUGCGCUUUGAAGAAAUUAUAUCUGGCUCUAUUUCAGGGCUUACCCACAUUGAUGUGAAAGUCGAGGAUUUGCGAAACAUGGCGGAAGAACGAGGAAUCAGUGAUCUAAACCCCUUCUUUAUCAGCAUUGAUUUUACUGCAGCAAAUUUUGAGUUGGAUAGUGAAGGUCAAGUGAUUAAGCAUCGUCUUCCAAGACAAUGAUGAGACUAGCUAAAAAAUUAAGAGCGCGGUGAAGCAGCAUCUAAAGAAUGAUUUGGAGAUGUGAAUCACAUAAUGGUGGAAUAUUUAUUUUUGUGUAAAUCACAUAAUGGUGCAAUAGGCAUGAACAUUAUCUUCACUGAAAAGAUGAACAGUGUUAUCACUGACUGUUUCGUAGGCCUGGUCUGGGAAGUAUCCAUGCACAUUUUCAUUAAA